AUGGCGCUAGCCUGGAGAAAUCUGCAGAAAGCCUUCUCCCUGGAGACCUCUCUCAGAAUCCUCCAGAUGUGUCCACCCUCGUGCCUAGGUGCUUCCUGGAUAUCUGUAUCCAGGCUCACUCUUCAUACAAAGCCCAGCAUGCCAUCAUGUGACUUCUCACCUGAGAGAUACCAGUCCCUUCCCUACAGCCGUGCCCUGGAGAUUCAUAAGAAGCACCUUUCUCCUGUGGAAACAGCGUAUUUCCAGAAGCCUUUGCUGCUCCAUCAGGGACACAUGGAGUGGCUCUUUGACUCAGAGGGAAACAGAUACCUGGACUUCUUCUCUGGGAUUGUAACUGUUAGUGUUGGUCACUGCCACCCGAAGGUAACUGCUGUGGCACAAACACAGAUGGACCGCCUGUGGCAUACAAGCUCUGUCUUCUUCCACCCUCAAAUGCACGAAUACGCAGAGAAACUUUCAGCACUUCUUCCUGAGCCUCUUAAGGUCAUUUUCUUGGUGAACAGUGGAUCAGAAGCCAAUGAUCUGGCUAUGAUGAUGGCCAGAGCAUACUCAAAUCACACAGACAUCAUUUCUUUCAGAGGAGCCUAUCAUGGAUGCAGUCCUUAUACACUUGGCUUGACAAAUGUAGGGACCUACAAGGUGGAUCUCCCCAGCGGGAUGGGCUGCCGAUCAACAAUGUGCCCAGAUGUUUUCCGUGGCCCCUGGGGAGGAAGCUACUGUCGAGAUUCUCCAGUGCAAACAGUGAGAAAGUGCAGCUGUCCUCCAGGUCCAAAUGGGCAGGGAGGAAGGAGACCUUGUUUUUCUUCUCUAUUACUUUCUGGGAUAUGUAUUUGUGUGUGCGUGUUUGCUGCAGACCGCUGCCAAGCUAAAGACCAGUACAUCGAACAAUUCAAAGAAACCCUGAACACUUCUGUGGCCAAGUCAAUUGCUGGAUUUUUUGCAGAGCCAAUUCAAGGCGUGAAUGGUGUUGUCCAGUACCCGAAGGAGUUUCUGAAGGAAGCCUUUGCAUUGGUUCGAGAGAGGGGAGGUGUGUGCAUUGCAGAUGAAGUGCAGACAGGAUUUGGAAGGCUGGGCUCUCACUUCUGGGGCUUCCAAACCCAUGAUGUACUGCCUGACAUUGUCACCAUGGCUAAAGGAAUUGGGAAUGGCUUCCCAAUGGCUGCAGUUGUGACCACUCCAGAAAUUGCUAAAUCUUUGGCUAAUCGCUUACACCACUUCAACACGUUUGGAGGAAGCCCCCUGGCCUGUGCCAUUGGAUCUGCCGUGCUUGAGGUAAUCAAAGAAGAAAAUCUACAGAAAAACAGUCAAGAAGUUGGUACCUACAUGUUACUGAAGUUUGCUGAGCUGCGGGAUGAAUUCGACAUCGUUGGGGAUGUCCGAGGCAAAGGUCUUAUGAUAGGGAUAGAGAUGGUUCAAGACAAGAUGAGCCGCCAGCCUCUUCCUAAAACAGAAGUAAAUCAAAUCCAUGAGGACUGCAAAGACAUGGGGCUUCUAGUGGGCAGAGGUGGCAUUUUUUCUCAGACGUUCCGCAUCGCGCCUCCGAUGUGCGUCACUAAGCUGGAAGUGGACUUCGCAUUUGAAGUGUUUCGCUCCGCCUUAACUCAGCACAUGGAGAGAAGAGCUAAGUAAGAUUUCUACAAAUGAACAACCAUGAGCCUCAAGAGCUUCUCAACUGUGUGCAGAGAUGAAGUGAAGACGGUUGAAAUCCCAAGUUGUAGAUGAAAAACUGCAGCUCUCCACAGUAAUUGUAAAAGACCAGUAGGUGUUUCGCCAUAUCUGUUGAUGGAGCCCCUAUUCUCCUGAGAAUUCCUUCCUUCGGGGACAGGAUCUAUCCCUGGCUCGCAGAAUAAGUCCUAAUUCAUGUAGAUUUGUCUGGGAUAAUAGUAUUUCCCAUUGAAUUAACUGGUUUGUAAAUGAAUACAGGGCAUACGUGUCACCGAUUAAUCCUGAAGGAAACCCUUUCUGUGCUAACACCUCUGGGGAAGCAUUUCUUCAUCUUUUAUGCUUCUUGUCACACUAGAAAUACUGUAUCCCAUGAUGGAAUUUCUCAGUUCACAUCAGGCAGCUGGAAUCCAUGAAGAUAAAGCCUGGUCACUAUGCUGUCUCUGGAAAGCUGUUGGAAGCUGAGAGGUUGGUGAUAUCAAUGAAUCACUGACCAUGAAUCUUGGAGCCAUCCUAUCUCAGGGUUUCUUGACUUAUAAAAUAAUAAAUUCAUUGUGCUGCUUAAGACUCUAA